AUGCCAACUGUUGCCGGUCCGCCAAAACAUGCUCGCAUGGGCAGAGAGGGGAGAUUUAUCUCAAACGAUAGUGGUGAUGUAAGUUGUCUCUCCUUUGGACGCGGAUUUUCCGGUCACCUCUAUCCCAACAGCCACCACAGACCUUCCCAUCAUUUUCGGGCACCUCAACAUGAAGCUACGCAGAGCUCUUCUAGCUCGGACGCCAACCUCCCGUCAAGCAAGAAGCAGAAGCAGGAACAUGUGACAGUCGAACAUUUGAUUGAACCAGCCUCAGAAGUCGAGAAUAUACAGAGCAAGAUGUCUCCCGAGAUAAUUUUGAAGGUCCACCCAGAAUCUGGUCGUCCUUCCCAUCCUUCGCGGAUUGUAUCUACCAUCGGCCCAUUGCCAACCACCGACCUCCCCAAUGGAGAUUAUCCCUGUGCCCAGGAUAACAAGACAACGGAACUUCUUCGACUCAAGCAGGAGCUGCUUGCUGCAAACUCUAAAAUUGCAUUGCAGGAGCAAGAACUCGCCCAUACUCGUGUCAUUAAGCACACUCUGGAUCAGGCUUUGGGCCCUCCAUCCGAGGCAGACUUCGGCGGCCGUGAGAUCACUGAGCAGACCAUCACACAUCUACAGAGUGCCUUCAAUGCAUCGAAUCACAUAUUCGGUCAGUUUCAGGACGCAUGGAACAUGCAGGAGGACUCUCAGUCCGACAUUUCGGAUGCAUUGUCCGCUGGAGCCUACAACCGUGCUCGUGGGCUUUGGAAUCAACAUGAUCAACCUUCCUUUGGAAUGAAUACCAUCGAGUCCUCUUUUGAAAAGCCUUACGGUGGUUCCCCUCAGCCAUCUCACCCCAUAUGUCAGGAUCCUAGCCGGUUCUGGAGUGGCUCUACAGCGCAUCCUGCAUUUGCCGCACAUGCACCGCUGCAGUCCCAUCGGAUGCUUUCAGGACCCCAUGCCAGUCCGUAUGGCUUCUAUUCUCGACCUGCAGAUGACCAGACUCGACAUUUACAAGACCCCAAUGCUGAUCCUCGUCGUUCGGCCAUGCAAGCGAAUGGGGUUGGAGCUUUGUUGCCGUCUCAAAAUAACCCGUGGAAUGGGUUCAACUCAGGGUCUCCCACUGACCCAACUCACAAGUCCCCUUCUUUGCCGAUGGCCAGAUCUUCGAGUGUUUUCCCUCCAGUUGGGAUUUAUUCCAUCCCCCCGUUUCACACUCGGCCCGUUGCGACGGCCCUCUCUCCCACUGCCACGGAGUUUACGGCCACCAAAACGAAUGGAACUUCGUGGACGACUUCCUUGGCUGGUGGAAGCUCCGUUCAAACCUACAUGUCACCCCUUGAACCUCUCAAUUAUCGGCGUUUGCUCGACAAGAAUGUUUCAUGUGACUGGAAAUACAUUGUGGACAAGAUAGUUUGCAACAAUGAUCAACAGGCAUCUAUUUUCCUACAACAGAAGCUCAAAGUCGGUACGACUGAACAGAAAUACGAAAUUAUCGAAGCAAUUGUUAGCCAGGCGUAUCCUCUGAUGAUAAACCGAUUCGGCAACUUUCUCGUCCAGCGCUGUUUUGAGCAUGGAGGCCCUGACCAAGUCGUUGCUAUUGCGAAUGCAAUUAGAGGCCAUACCCUCAGUCUGAGUAUGGAUCCUUUUGGAUGUCAUGUUAUCCAAAAAGCUUUUGACUGCGUGCCUGAGGAACAUAAAGCUGUCAUGGUCCACGAGCUUCUUUGCAGAAUUCCGGAGACAGUGAUUCACCGAUAUGCAUGCCAUGUUUGGCAGAAACUGUUUGAGCUUCGAUGGAGCGGCGAGCCACCCAAGGUCAUGGCUAAGGUGAACGAGGCGUUGCGCGGAAUGUGGCAUGAGGUCGCCCAAGGCGAGACCGGAAGCCUGGUUGUUCAAAACAUCUUUGAAAAUUGCGUGGAAGAAGAAAAGCGGCCCGCCAUUGAAGAAGUUCUGGGGAGGGUGGACGUCCUUGCACAUGGCCAAUUCGGUAACUGGUGCAUUCAGCAUAUUUGUGAGCAUGGCGCCCCUCACGAUAAAGGCCGCGCGGUCGAGCAUGUUCUCCAUUUUGCCGUGGACUACAGUAUGGAUCAAUUUGCAUCUAAGAUCGUCGAAAAAUGCUUGAAAAUCGGAGGCUCGGAGUUCCUGGAUCGCUAUCUAUCUCGAGUUUGUACUGGUCGCGCUGAUCGACCUCGAAUGCCACUGAUUGACAUCGCAGGAGAUCAAUAUGGGAAUUAUCUGAUUCAAUGGAUUUUGAUGAACGCCGCUGCUCACCAGCGUGAGGUCGUGGCCAGUCAUAUUCGGUACCAGGCACCUACACUGUCUUUCGGAUGGAAUACCUUGGCUAAUGUUUAUGUGCAUAGGAAACAUAUGGUUUCUCUUCGUGGGUCUAAAUUUGGCUCCCGCGUCGCAAUGCUCUGUUGCAACCCGUCCCAUGCCACGCGCCCUGGACCAGGAACCGGCAUGUUAGUUGGUCGUUUCAAUCAUUUCAAUGAGGAAAGAUUCCCAUCAAGCGGACAGAACGGCGGUCGCGUCAACCGAGGAAAUCAAUGGGGCCCUGCUUACUCGCCGUUCCGUUGA